AUGUCUACAAUUAGCGGCGUCAGACCCGAGAACCCUCCGGACUGGAAUAACCACAAAGUACUGCACAAGAAUACAUUGCCUGUGCGAGCGUACUUUCACAACUAUACCUCCGAGUCGGAUGCCAUUUCGCGCGAGGUGAGCAAGUCCAAGACGCAUAGCCUGUCUGGAACAUGGAAGUUCCACUGGGCCAACUCGCCCUUCGAAGCUGUCGAGGGGUUUGAGGUCUCAUCCUUUGACACCUCAUCAUGGAGCGACAUCGCUGUCCCUGGCAUGUGGAACCUGCAGGGGUUCGGAAAGGGCCCACAGUACACCAACGUCAAGUACCCCAUCCACGUCGACCCACCAAACGUGCCAUUCUACGACAACGAGACUGGGUCCUACGUAAGGAAGUUCUCGGUCCCAAAAGAAUUCAAAGAUGACCAGAUUCGACUGAGGUUCGAAGGUGUCGAUUCGUCUUACCACGUGUGGGUGAAUGGAAAGGAGGUAGGGUACUCGCAAGGCAGUCGUAAUCCGGAUGAGUUCGAUAUUACGAGUCUUGUAGAUCUGGAGAAAGAGAACACGCUCGCAGUACGAGUCUAUCAGUGGUGCGAUGGGACUUAUAUCGAAGACCAGGACCAAUGGUGGUUGAGCGGCAUCUUCCGAGACGUGUUCCUUAUUGCGUUUCCUAAGAAAUCCCGCAUUGAGAAUCUGCAUGUCCAGACCCUAUUGGACUCUUCCUACAAAGAUGCGGAGCUCAAAGUUAGCCUUGAAACUACAGGCUUAGGCAGUGUCAGCCUCAAACUUUUCGAUGCGGACAAGCAACCCAUGACCAGCGCGUCUGCAAACGCGACCACCCAAGGCAGUGGCAAAUGGACUAUUUCACUACGCGGUAAAAACCCUCACAAAUGGACCGCGGAGACGCCUUAUCUUUAUCACUUGAUUAUCGCGCUGGAUAACAAUCAGUUCAUCCCCAUUCGUGUAGGCUUUCGUCAGGUUGAGAUCAAGGAUGGCCUGCUCAAGGUCAACGGCAAGCGCAUCGUAAUCCGGGGCGUCAACCGUCACGAACAUCAUCCGAAAUUUGGUCGCGCCGUGCCUUUGGAGUUCCUCAAACACGACCUACUGACCAUGAAACGUCACAACAUCAAUGCCAUCAGAACCUCUCACCAAUUGAAUGACCCGAGACUUUUGGUUCUCGCCGACGAAAUGGGUUUCUGGAUGAUCGAUGAGGCGGACAUGGAAUGUCACGGCUUCGAGAUGGUAGCUGAUGCCCUAUUGUCGAAAGAGGAACAAGAGCUGCCGUUCGACCAGCGCCAAAUGCUGACGCGAGGCGGAGCCGCUAAAUGGACGACUGACAAUCCAGACUGGAGAGAUGCGUACAUCGACCGCGCGGAGCAUCUGAUGAAGCGCGAUCAGCUACACCCGUCGGUGAUCAUCUGGAGUCUCGGAAACGAAGCCUUCUUCGGACAGAACUUCAAGGAGAUGUAUAAGCACAUCAAAGCUUACGAUGACAGUCGACCGAUCCACUACGAGCCAGAUUAUGACGCCGAGACUAUGGACGUCUUCUCAAGGAUGUACUCGCAUCCCGAUUGGGUCGACUGGUUUGGCAGAGAAGGAAGCAAGGAGAAACCGCUCAUCCUUUGCGAAUUCAUCCACGCUAUGGGCAACGGCCCAGGUAAUAUCAAAGAAUACAUCGACUUGUUCUACAAGUACCCAUCCUGUCAGGGUGGCUUCGCAUGGGAAUGGGCUAACCAUGGUCUACUGACGAAAGAUAAAGAGACUGGCGAUGAGUAUUACGCCUAUGGUGGUGAUUUCGGAGAGAAGGUUCACGACUCCACCUUCGUGAUGGACGGUUUAUUAUUCUCCGACCACAGCCCUAAUCCGGGUCUAACCGAGUUCGCCAAAGCGAUCGAGCCGGUACAGCUCCUACACAGCAACAUUUCAUCAGCUACAUUCAUCAACAGGUACGACUUCGUUACUUUGGAUCACCUCCACCUCAAUUGGCACGCCGUCAAUGAGCGUGGCGAUGAAACCUCCAAAGGCGACCUCAAGAUCCCGUCCGGCAUCGGCCCAGGUCAAACAUUCGAAGUCGACCUCCCCAAGUUCGUAAGUGCCAAAUCUGAGACCGUCGUCCACUUCACCUUCGAUCUGAAAGAGAGCACCAUCUCCCUCUCCAAGGGCUGGACCGUCGCAACCGGUGAAGUCGUCGUACAUCCAUCACACGCUGUUCACACGCCUUCCUCGUCCGACAAAAGCCUCAAAGUCACUACACCUUCCAGCCACACCCUGGUUAUCAAGAGCGAAGACUCCGAAUGGACCUUCAGCACGCUUUAUGGAUACCUCACGUCGUGGAAGAAGAACGGUAAAGAGCUCAUCACCACACCCCCAGAGCUCUCCAUCAACCGUGCAGAAACCGACAACGACAAGCCCCAAGACGGACGCUACUGGAGAGAACACCUCGUCCACCUCGCAAAGCCCUACACGCGAAAAGUCCACUACGACCAGCCAGACAAAAAAUCACUCAAGGUCACCGUAUCCCAGCAGAUCGUCCCACCAGUGCUCUCCUGGUCCAUCGACGUCGAAAUCACAUACACUUUCUCCAGCGAUGGCACCGUGCGUGCACACGUCAAGGGCUCGCCCCAGGGUCUCAACCUCCCCGACAUCCUCCCCCGCAUCGGCUUCAUCCUCGAGCUCCCCCAUGACUUCCAGAACGUGACGUGGUUCGGCCGCGGCCCAGGAGAAUCUUACCGCGACUCCAAAUUCUCGCAGCAUGUCUCCCUACACAAGACCUCCUCCAUCGACGCGCUCUGGACAGACUACGAGGUCCCGCAGGAAGGCGCCAAUCGCACCGACACACGCUGGGUGCGUAUCGCCAACGGCACGUCCUCCUCGGCUACGAGCCUGCUGGCGCAGUUCGUGGAGAGGGGAGCGAGGAAGCUGUUUGAUUUCCAGGCGAGCCAUUAUAGGAUUGACGAUGUAGCUGCAUCGGAUCAUCCGUAUAAGCUGCACAACAAGAAGAGGGAGGAGGUGGUGCUUAGGCUGGAUGCGGUGCAUCAUGGAUUGGGGACGGGAAGCUGUGGGCCGAAGACGUUGCCGGCGUAUAGGAAUGAGUUGGAGGACUUUGAGUUCGAGGUUUUGCUGCAGUGA